AUGUUACAAUUUCUUUGUACAAUGCUCCACAUAGCCCCUAUUUUUGCUUAUAUCAAAUCUGAUCCACUUUCGAAAACCGCUUAUUGUGCAUCCUUUAAUUCUGUGCUUUCUGAGUGCGAGAGGUGUAUUGAUGACUUCAUUUUGUUUGGUGAUGAGUGCAAACACAAAAGUCAGUUACAUUGCUAUGAAGUCCAAUCAAGUAAGUGUGUUCGGUGUGAUUCAAAUUACAACAUGGUCCAUGGUAAUUGCGAGAAUCGAGAUAAUUGCACCAAGUAUAAUACAGCUGGUGAGUGCACUUCUUGUAUUGAUGGGUUUGCGUAUAACAAAGCUUCCAAUCGCUGUGAAGAUUGUCAUUUAAUUAAUCCCCUCUGUAAUUCAUUUGAAAAUGGGUGUUACAACUGCGCUAACUGCAAACGAGGAACAAUCAAAAACGAGAAUAAUAUCUGCGAGUCCAAAGUAUUGAAAUGUUUAGACUACAUAAAAGAUGGGAUGUGCCACGAAUGUUAUCCCGGUUAUUACAUCUCUGGUGGGUAUUGCCUAAAAGGGGAAGUCCCCAAUUGUUACGAGUAUAGAUCUCACGAAUAUUUACAUUCGGAAAAUUCGACUUGCAAAAAGUGUCUAAGUGGUUAUUUGAUUGAUCGGCAACGCAACAUCUGUGUUACUUGUGAUAAAUCUUGUGAGAAGUGUGAGUACUCCACGAUGUGUGUCCGAUGCAAAGAGGGGUAUUACUUGAAUGGCUAUAAAUGUGAGAAAUGCUUGUCGACCAACUGUGUCGAAGACAAUUAUGCGCAUUGCAAUGAGUGCAAUAGAGAGUGUGAGGUGCAGUCGUAUGGCGAUGGAGAGUUGUUUUGUUCGAAACCGAAGCACUGUUUGACUUACUCGACAGGACAUAUAUGUGAAUCAUGUUUGGAAGGUUAUAUUCUCCAGAAUGGUAACUGUGUUAUUGAUAACACAUAUUGUAAAACAUACAACGAUGACAAAACGAAGUGUGUUGAAUGUGAACAAGGAAGUUACAUGUUAUCGAAUUUUACGUGUGGGUUGUGUGAUUCUGGAUGUAUUACGUGUUCGGGUCAUCCCAAAUCGUGUUUGAAGUUCAAUACAAAUCGAUGUACACAACCGUAUUGCUUAAGGUGCGCAAAUGAUAAAGAUGUCUGUGAUUUAUGUGACCAGGAACACGCCCUCACAGUCGAUGGCCGAUGCCAGACCACGAUGUGUAAAUACCUCUAUGAAGGAAUAGAGAACGAUUGUAUAAUUUGCGAAGGGGUUGGGUAUUACCCUGGCACCAAUGUGUCGUAUAUCUUUCAGUUCUUACCUGUUGAUGGGAAGUGUAAUGAUAGCGUUCACUUCUUUGCUUUCCUUGUUUUUUCAUUGAUUUUACUUCUUUAA